AAUUGUCAAGUCUAAUAUGAUAUUACAUAAUCAUAAUCAAAAUAAUAUGUCUACUAUUUAUAUGAUUCAUAAUGAUACAUUAUUAUUACAUAAUGAUCAUUUACAAAAUGAAUCUUUUAUAUUAGAUCAAUUCAAUCAUAAAUCUAAUGAACCUGAUCCUGAUCCGGAUCCUGAUCAUAAUCAUAAUGAACAAUGGUAUUUUCAUUUUGAUAUGUUUAUUAUUACAUUUUUAGGUUUUAGUUCAUUUUGUGCAAAUAUUGGUUUAUUAUAUUUAGAUAGACGAGCUAAACCAUCAUGUACAACAAAUAAUUCAAGUUUUUCUAAUAAUUUCAUAACAAUUAAUACUACUAAUAACAAUACUACUAAUAGUAAUAAUAGUAGUACUAAUUUUCCUAUGCAUAAUAUCGCUAGUAAUAAUAAUCUAAAAUGUUCAUCAUUCAACUUUCUAUAUAAAAAAUGGUCACAUAAAAGAAAUUCUCAUGGAUCUAAUGGUUUACUAUCUAAUCAGUCACCAAUAAUAACAAUACCAAAUGAGACAAUGAAUAAAAUGACCAUUCCAAAUACAACUACAACAAUAUCAUCAUCAACAAAACGUUCAUUUUCUGUAUCAAAUCCUCCAUUAAAUAAAUAUCCAUCAUCAAUUAGUUUAUUGAAAUUUAAUCAUCAUCCUUAUCAUCAUGGUUCAAUUCAUUAUCAUACACCACGUAGUCGUAGACAACGUCGUUAUUUAAGAGGUUUACUUGGUUUAUCUAUAAGUAAUUUAAGUUUAUCUAUAUGUUUACUUAGUUGGUGUAUAUGUCAAAUUAUUAUAUAUAAUAUUAAUGAACAAUAUUAUAUAUUAAAUGCAUGGUUAACAAUUAUAUCAUUAAUUAAUAUAUGGACUAUAGAUAUUGCACAAACAUUAGAAAUUGGUGCCAUUUUAUGGAUUGCAUUAGAACGUACACUUGGUAUACAUUGGCCUAGUGAAAUACAAACUAUGAAUAACAAUAAUAAUAAUAAUAAUAAUAAUAAUAAUACAAAACUUUCAAUGAAAUGUAAUCUAAUCCAAUGUAAAUUUUCAUUGUUAAAAAAUAUUCUUAAAAAAUGUAGAUUACAUAAUCAUUUUAAUUCUUCUUCUUCUUCUUCUUCUCCUUCUUGUUGUCGUUGUACACCUUUAUUCAUGAAUCUAUCAUCAUCAUCAUCAGUCUCAGCAACAACAUCACCCUUAGCAACAACAACAAAUAAAAAAUAUCGUGAAAAACAAAAAUCAAUAAUUUGGUUUCUUCGUGUUAUUUUAUGUUUAUUACCAUUAAUUUUAUUUAUAUUAGCAUCAAUUUAUAGUUUAAUGAAUAUAAUACAACAAAUUAAAAAACAUAAAUUAUUAUAUCAUCAACAAUUACAACAUGAAAUACAACAACCCCAACCCCAAACCCAACCCCAACAACAACAAUAUCAAAUUGAUAUUAUAUCAAAACUGAAAACUACUUAUAUUACACAUAAUAGUAGUAUAAAUAAUGAUCAUCAUCAUAAUAAUAGUUAUAUACAAUAUUUUAAUUCAUUAGUAGUAUAUAAUUAUUAUAUCUAUGUUACUAAUAAUUUCUUUACUAAAAAGCAUACAUACUUAUUCUUACAUAAAAUUCAUAUUAAAUAUCAAACUUAUAUGUAUUAUACUAAAUCUAUUAUACCAGCAUUAAUCAUUGGACAAUUUUUAGCACCAUUAGCGAUUUUAAUUACAACAAAUUUAUUGAUUUAUCAAAAAGUAUCAUCAAGAGAUAAACGAUUUUUCUCUAGACAAUCAAGUAAUACUAGUAAAUCAUCAUUUAUAUCUGGUACAUCGAUUUCAUCAAUUAAUUCACCAAGUCAAAGAAAAUUAACUACAACAACUAUUAAUUUUCCAAUACCAUUAUUACGUGUACUUGAAAGUAGUAAUCAAGAUAUUCGAAUUAAUUUUGACGACGACAACAAUACUACUACUACUACUAAUAAUAAUGAUAAUACAUCUGAAGAGUAUAGUACAAUAAUCAAUAAACCUUUAAAUGAUCACUUAGAAACUAAACAAUCAAUAUCGAAUUUAAAAAAUCAAAAACAAAAUACACUUUUAGUUCCUUUUAUUGAUUUAAAUGAGAAUAGUUUUCAAUAUUCAUCGAUUAAAAAUUUAUCGAAUAGUCCUCCUCCCCCUCUUCCUCCUCCUCCUCCUCCUACUACUACCAUGACAACUAAUUCAUCAUUAUAUCAUAGAAAUAAUAGUAGUAUUGAUAAUAAUCAAAAAUAUUUAUUUAAUGAACGAAGAAAUAGUAUUUCAGUUAUUCAAUCCUAUAAUCAAUUGUAUGAGAAUAAUUCUAAUAUAACAUUAACAUCUAAACGAUUACUGACUACUACUACUACUAAUACUACUAAUAAUACUACUCAUAAUAAUUGUCAACUGACAACAUCAACAGCAACUUCACCACCACCACCACCACCACCAUCAUCAUCAUCAUCCUCAUCAUCCACAACAACAACAACAACAACAACAUCAUCAUCAUCAUCCUAUCGAUUCAAUGAAUCAAAUAUUAAAUUAUCUACAAUGUAUACAAUACAAAAACGUCGUAAAAGUAGUAAUGAUAUAUUGAAUUUAUUAUUUCAAUCACGUACAACAGAUAUGAUGAAUACAAAAUCUACUACUGAUGAAUCUAUAUUAAUACAAGUAUUAAGACGACAACAUAAACGUACAUUACGUAUAUUAAUUAUAUUAUUAUUAUUAUUUAUUAUAUGUCGUGGACCAAGAUCAUUUAUAUUAAUUAUACAAUGGUUACAAUAUUAUACUUAUUAUAAAAAUCAAUAUCAAUCUUAUUUAUAUACAUGGUUACAAUAUACAAGUAUAUUUUCUUAUUCUAGUGCAAUAUUAGAUACAAUUCUAUAUGGAUUUUGGGGUAAUCGUAUUUAUCGAUUAUAUAUUAAACAUUUAUAUACACAUUGUGCCUUAUAUAAAUGUUGUAUUAAUCAAUAAAAAUUGAUUAUGUAAUCAUUAAGGAAAUGAUUACAUAUUGAUCUUUUCUAUUGUUUAUUCUAUUUUAUAAAGAAAAAAAUAUUAUUCAUAAAGAUGUUUGAAUAGGUCGCCUACUAGCACUUGUCAUUCAAUCCUGUCUUGAUUGAUUACAUAACGCCUGGUUUUUUUUUUCUCGUGAAGGAGCAUAAGCCUCUCAUCAAUAUUCUUCAUCUAAAUCUAUUCUGAGAAAUCCUUCCUAGCUCUUUUCAAUUGUUAUUCAUCUUUUUCAUAUCUGAUUCUAUUUCUCGAUGUAAUGUGUUCUUUGGCAUUCCUUUUUUCCUCUUCCAUUUCAGGAUUCCAAAUUAGUGUUUGUAUCGUGAUGCAGUUUAGUGAUUUGUGUAAUGUAUGUCUUAUCCAUUUCCAUCGUCUUUUCCUAAUUUCUUCUUCAGCUGGAAGUUGGUUUGUUCUCUCCCAGAGAAGGCUGUUACUGAUGGUAUCCGGUCAAUGGAUGUUGAGUAUCUUGCGUAGAAAACUAGUUAUGAAUACUUUCACCUUCUUGAUGAUGGUUGUUGUAGUUCUCCAGGUUUCAGCUCUUUACAGUAGAACUGCCAUGACGUUGGUAUUGAAGAUUGUGACUUUGAUAUUGGUUGACAGAAAGUUGUUUUUCUUUUUUCUAUAUUUAUUUCAUUAGAUUAUACUCUCUGAAUAAUAUCUUCACACCUUAAUCUUUCCGAUGACUGUUUAUACUUUUACUAUCUCUAUCAUUAUGAGAUUUGAAUUGACAAUUGUAUCUCUGUAUUAAUAUGGUAUGACAACUCAAACCGAUGUACGUACAUACAAAGUUCUACAUUGUUACUAACUGAUUAACUGAUUCAUAAAUAUAUGUAAACAUCUAUCAUUAUCUAUUAUCAACUAAUUCAUUCUUUAUAAUAUCUUCUUUGUCUCUUUCAUCAACCCGUCCCUCUCCCUCUUUCACACACACACACACACACACACACCCAUAAACACACGUUUGUAACUAGUCAUUAUACUGCGAAAUUUCACAAUAUAGUACAAUUUCUAAAGUUACAUAUAUCAUUCUUAUUAUUACUAUUACUGUUAUUACAAGCCAGAGAAUAGACACUGAGGUAUAUAUUGUUGAAUAUAAAUGAAAAGGUCAUGUCGAUUUUUUUCCUUUUUGUCACUUUUCUCUCUUUUGUUUUUCUUUUUCUUUUCUUUUUCACAUUUCUUUAUUAAAGUCAAAAUACAUUGAUUAGUUGAUUGAUAAUGUUUUAUUUACUGUUCUGUUUAUGGUUAUGUUCAACUUGUUACGAAAAGAAAAGAAAAGAAAGGAAGAAAGAAAAAAAGAGAGAGGAAAGAAAUUGAGUAAAAGUGUAAUAUGAAAAUUGAUUUGAGCAAAUUUUUAAAUUAACCACAUAAUUUUCAAAGUGAAUUUGCGCCCCACCCCACCCC